CUUUAUAAUCACUGGCUAUCUCCCUUGCCAAACGCUCGCGUCACAACAGAGCUGAAAAAUACACCUGUGACAAUUCCACAAUGUCCAGCCAGCAGGCAGCUAUCAACUUCUUUGUUGAAGUUACUGGUGAAUCUCUUGACCUGAAUAAAUACGUUACACUGGUUGCCGAUCCUGGCGCGGGAGCGAUCUCAACGUUCAGCGGAGUGACGCGCAACAACUUUCAGGGAAAAGCAGUAAUUAAGCUCGACUAUGAAGCGUAUGUGCCGAUGGCUGUGAAAAAGCUCCAGGACAUCGCAAACGAAAUCCAAUUGAAAUGGAAGGUGUGUAAGGUUGCGAUUGCGCAUCGCGUUGGCACGGUACUCGUGUCCGAGCCUAGCGUCGUCAUCGCUGUCUCAUCGGCCCACCGACGUGAAUCCCUUGAGGCCGUGGCAUGGGCCAUCGACGAGCUGAAGGCCACCGUGCCCAUUUGGAAGAAAGAAUACUUCGAGGAUGGGUCCACCUGGAAGGAGAAUGAGGAGAGCAGACGACUACUCCUGCAGCCAGGGGGCUCCAGCGGGCAGGAGCAGCUAACCGCCUAGCCGGCUAGCGCCUGCUAGGCUGGGGCUUGAGGAAGCCGUACCGUACCACCACCGUGCAGCUACAUGCGAAAUGGCAAUCCGGUCGAUUGCGUGCCUUACAGGCACGGUGACUUGCCUCCUGGGUCGCCUUUGAACCUGCUGGGGUGUUCUUAGGUGUUGCGGUAGCCUCCUCAAUCCCUCUUGUUGAAGACUAAUGCUACUGUGUAUGGUGGGCCUCCCUCCGGUACAAGCUACGCAUGUACCGGAACCUAGAUAGGGCGUGCGAUGUGAUUACGGCAUCCGGUUGUAGCCCUCGUGGGCCUUGCAGGAAGGCAUAGGUGGUUGAUGGUGAGGGCUUCACCCUGUGACUGACAACGCGAUGCCUUCUGUA